CCGGGAGUCAAUCAGCAUCAACACACACGCCCCUCGGUCUUGAAACUUGAGGAUGUCUCCCCUGUGAUGGUGGCGCUCCUCAUCAUCGCACCCAGGCUCUGACUCCAUGCUGCUCCCAGCCUGCCCUGCGUGUGUGCGCCGGACCCUUGCCAUGACCCUCCACCCUCUGGUCACCCUCGGCCUCUCCCCUGUGCUGGGGCUCCUCAGCCUGCAGGUGCUCUCCGUGGGCAGCACCACGCCCAUCAUAUCGAGUAGGCAUCAGCAAGUUGCAGACCAAGCAAGCUGUUCAAACCUGUGCAAGCAAAAUGUCACCUCUUGUGACUGGUUUCUGUAUGGAGCAAAUCAAAAACUAUGUUUUCUUUUGAAAUGUCCUGAACCUGGAGUUUGCGAAAAUGCCACUGUUGAAGCUCUAUCAAGCCAAGGUGCCGGUAGUGGAUCUAGAGGUGAGCCUGAGCCUGCGCCUUCACCUCCCAUCAGCCCCAACCUCUCUAAGCCCCUUGUAAGCUCCAUAGCCCAGCCAGUAGAUGCUGUACCCCUCAAGAAAACUCAGAGCACUUUAAAUCCUCAAGAUACCAUGGCUCUACAACAGCAGGAGCCAACCAGAAACCAGAGUUCAUCAGCAGGAGCCAACCACGACCUUAGUGAAAACGACAGUGCUAAUAUCAAAAACACCUCUUCUGAACAACCCACAAAUAUUACCACCUCCAAACCUACUACAACUGAAAAUGUCUCCAUAGCCAUAUCAACAGCCACCACAACAACAACAGCCACAACAACAACAGCCACCACAACAACAGCUACCACAACAAAAGCCACUACAACAAAAGCCACCACGACAACCUCCUCCCCAACUACCAACUCAAACACAGCACCACCCACUGAGGGCACUGCAAGGAAAACCAAUGCAACAACAUUAUCUCCAACUACCACAUCAGCCAGCACAUCAAAGCCAGCACCUACCACUACUCAGACAUCACCUUUGCCGGCAACUACCAUGACCACUGCCACCUCUCCUCCUCCACCACCACCUGCUCCUACUACAAAAUUGCCACAAACGUCCAGCUCACCAACAACACAGCAACCCACAACGCCACCAACACCACCUGUAACCACACAUACAGUCACAAAAGCUGAUGAAGAGAAGCCAUCGCCAACCACUCAGAAAGUCCUCAAUCCACCUACUACGUCUGAGAGCCCUGUAGCUCUGACCACCUCUCCCAAGUCUGUGACCAAAGGACCAGUCAGCAACACGAGCAAAGGCAUUGUAGGCAUCACCAUGGGACCUUUCAGCGGUCGUCUGGUGGACACCAGCUCUCUGUUGGCAGUGCUCCUGUUUGGCCUGUUGUUCUUUGUGGUGACUGUGGUCUUGUUCCUCACGCAGGCGUAUGAGAGCUACCGAAGGAAGGACUACACCCAGGUGGAUUACCUGAUCAAUGGAAUGUAUUCUGACUCAGGGGUCUGAUGUAGGAAAUCCGUUUACACUGCAUUGUGGCUAUAAUUGGUCUAAUUUGAACAGGGAAAUCACCAGAGGUUUGCAACCUCUUCAACCACAAACUCACUUGUCCUUAAGGUACUAACUCGACAAGAUACAUGAAGAGAUUGCAUACUGAUCUGUCGUGGGAUAACACCGUAAUCAUUUCAGCCUCUGCGUAUGACAGGAUUGUGGGCCAAUGUGUGAUUACAUGAUGUAUACAUUUAUUUUUUUAUGAUAUGCAUUUUUUUCUAUGCAGAGGAUGCUUCCACUUUGUACUCAUGGCACAUAGGACGAAAGCCUUAGUAUUGACUUUAUAUUUUCUUGUUCGAAUGUCAUUUCAUGAAGUUCUCUAGUGCAAUAUGUGAGAUGUCAUGUUAUAGGGUCCAGUAUUUCCAUUUCACAGCAAAUAAUUUUGUUUUGCACUAUUUGUCUUUUUUUUUUUUUUCAAAGUGUGAUUAGUCAGUUGACUACUCAAGGAGUACAUUAAUAAUGGAUGCCUUUUGAUUCUGGUCAUCACCAGGUUAUUUUUGUGGUUUACCAUUUCACUCCUUGAAUUGAGAUUGGAUGCCAAAACAGUCACUGUGGAACUGAAGCACAUUGUUGUUAAGCUAAGGGAAUUGUGUAGCCAUUAUGAACCACGUUUCCAGGAGCCAGAGAAGUUAGUUUGCUUUCCAGAUUAAACUCUGGCAUUUUGGAAGUCUUAUGAGGAGGAAAGAUACAGGUGUGAUGGCCUGUUAUGUGCCAAGUCUUUCAAGUCUUAACUAAAUGCACUUCUGCAAAUGAAAUGUACUUUACAACAAAAUAAUAAAGACUAAAUUGGCAGAUA